GCCGCCUCUCACCCGUCCCCUCCUUCUCCCGCCUCCUUAGAGGCGAGCAGGGGAGGGGGUCGCCAUGGCCGCCUGCCCGCCCCCUCCCCUCAGGCGGCAGCACCGGGCCGUCCCCAUCCCCGCGGCUGCCUUCGGGCGAGGCGAGGCGGGCAGCGCUCCGGGGGCGGCGGGGACGCCCCCCCCCAGCUCCACUGCUCCGGCACCGCCGCCUCGUUUAUUAUCAUCGUUAUUAUCACCCCCCACCCCCCUUCCCUCCUCUCCCCACCGCCCUGCUCCGCCCGGGGCUGAGCCCGCCGGCCGUGGCGGGGGGGAGCGGGGGCCGAUCGCUCCCCUCCCUGCCCGCGGAGGGGGCACGGUGCCUUCUUUGGGACGCGAUGGCUUAUUUGGUGUGGGUGGAUGGCUUAACUUGCUCAAGGGAGAGGAGAAGAGACAAGGGGGCAUUUUAACAGCAGCUCCACUUGCGAGGAGCCAAGCCUCAAUCCCGGCUCCAGCAUUAAAACCCUUUCCGCCCCCUAAAAUCCAGCAUCCGUGCAAGUUGGACCAAGAGUUUGUCAGGAGUGUGGUUCAAAACUGCUUGGAAAAAGGGAUGAGGACACCUGAUGAUCCUUUUGGAGCUUGUUACCAGAGACCUUCCUCCUCUCUUCCUUAAGUCAUGCAGCAUCCAGCCCUGAAACAUCCUGACUCUUCUUUUUGCUGACAGGAAGCAUCCUCAAACAUUGCUCUGCCGUUCCCCUCCAAGAGCUCAGCGCGGCGCUGUCGGAAGGUCGCAGGCACCGCACUACCUGUGCUGCCCUAGGGCUGUUGAUGUCCUCAGCUGCUGUGGGAGGAACGCUAGACCUGGAACCCAGUUUGCUACUGGACCUGUGGAAGAGGAAACACAAAGGCUCCCCGAUGAACAACCGGAAGGAGGAGAUGGAGAUAGCGUCGCACUACCGGCAGCUGCUGCGGGAGCUGAACGAGCAGCGGCAGCACGGCAUCCUCUGCGACGUCUGCAUCGUCGUCGAGGGCAAGAUCUUCAAAGCCCACAAGAACGUCCUCCUGGGCAGCAGUCGCUACUUCAAGACCCUCUACUGCCAGGUGCAGAAGAGCUCCGAGCAGGCCACCGUCACCCACCUGGACAUCGUCACGGCGCAGGGCUUCAAAGCCAUCAUCGACUUCAUGUACUCGGCGCACCUGGCGCUGACCAGCAGGAACGUCAUCGAGGUGAUGUCUGCCGCCAGCUACCUGCAGAUGACGGACAUCGUCCAGGCCUGCCACAGCUUCAUCAAGGCCGCCCUGGACAUCAGCAUCAAGUCGGACGCCGCGGACGAGCUGGGCGACUACGAGCUGGGAGCCCCCUCCAGCAGCAGCGCCGACGCGCUGAUCUCGGCGGUGGUGGCCGGCAGGAGCAUAUCCCCCUGGCUGGCUCGGAGAACCAGCCCGGCAAACUCCUCUGGAGACUCGGCCAUCGCCAGCUGCCACGAGGGCGGCAGCAGCUACGGCAAGGAGGAGCCGGAGCCCAAAGCGGACAGCCACGAGGACGUGCCGUCCCAGUCCCUCUGGCCCGGCGACGCGGGCUAUGGGUCCUUACGGAUCAAAGAGGAGCAGGUUUCCCCCUCCCAUUACGGGGGGGGGGAGCUGCAUUCUGCCAAGGAUAGUGCAAUACAGACUGGGUUCUCGGAGCAAGGAGGGGGGGAUGGCUGGCAGCCCACGGGGCGCAGGAAGAACAGGAAGAACAAGGAGACUGUGAGGCACAUCACUCAGCAAGUGGAGGAGGACAGCAGGGCAUCGCCAGUGCCAUCCUUCUUACCUGCCUCAGGGUGGCCCUACGGCAGAGACCCAAGUGCUGACGUGACAGCCACGGAGCCCAGCAGCUCUGACAGCAGAGUGGAGCGGCCAGACCCUUACAGCCAGGUGGAGGAAGCCCUGCUGGGGGGAGAGGGCAGCUACAUCUCCCAGCCCCUCACUCCCGAGAAGGAGGACGCGCUCCAGGCCGCCACCGUCGCCAACCUGCGCGCAGCUCUCAUGAGUAAGAACAGUUUGCUGUCCCUGAAGGCUGACAUGCUGGGAGAGGACAGUUCCCUGCUCUUUGAGUACCUCCCCAAAGGCACCCACUCUCUCUCUCUCAACGAGUUCACAGUCAUCAGGAAGAAGUUCAAGUGCCCAUACUGCAGCUUCUCAGCCAUGCACCAGUGCAUCCUGAAGAGGCACAUGAGGUCCCACACCGGGGAGAGGCCCUACCCCUGCGAGAUCUGCGGGAAGAAGUUCACGCGCCGGGAGCACAUGAAGCGGCACACCCUGGUCCACAGCAAAGACAAGAAGUACGUCUGCAAGGUGUGCAACCGCGUGUUCAUGUCGGCAGCCAGCGUGGGCAUCAAGCACGGCUCGCGGCGCCACGGCGUCUGCGCCGACUGCUCCGGCAGGGGCAUCGCCCCGCACCUGGACCACAACGGCGCGGGAGGCUCCCCGGAGGAGUGCUACCCGGGGGAGGGGCAGUACAUGGAAGACCCUGAGGACAUCAAGGUGGAAGGAGACGAGGAGAUGGGAGAGGAGGAGGACAUCAAGUGGAAGGAGGACGUGGGAAUGUCACAGGAUGAUGUGAUCCUAGACGACGACAAGGACGUCGACUCCCCGCAGGAGCAGGACAACGCUGGGGAGCACGAGAAGGAUUUCACCUGGAUUUCCUAG